UCUAAAUAUCUCGCGAAGAUUGCAAUAGCUGUGAAAAGGUGACAGCUCCGGUGACCUUGGAACAUUUUGGGCAGGAAAAGUCAGAAAAUGCGUUCUUCGUGAAAAGUCUCAAUUGAAGUCAUUCCGUGAGUGUUUUGGACGCCUGGACCGUGGACAAUGGCUGAGGGGAGCAAGAGUGAUGUGGUGGACAUGAAGGCGGAACCAUCCAGUCCGAGUGAGAAGCACUUUCAGUUGCAGCACCAUUCCCGAUGCAGCAGUUCCGGGAGCAUCCACACUCCCAAUUCCUCGGCUCACAACACUGAUGAUGACGAAGACAGUGACACGAACAGGAGUAACAGUUCCCUGAGCUACAAGGAGAGACGCAGGGAGGCUCACACCCAAGCCGAACAGAAGCGUCGAGAUGCCAUCAAGAAGGGCUAUGACACUCUCCAGGAACUCGUGCCAACUUGCCAGCAGCAGAACGAUGCUUCCGGAUACAAGUUGAGCAAGGCAGCUGUGCUCCAGAAAUCCAUCGAUUACAUCAGCUACCUCCAUCAGAAGAAGAAGAAGCAGGAGGAGGAGCGAGUGGCACUGCAAAAGGACGUUAUUGGGUUGAGGAUCAUCCAGAGUGGCUACGAACAGAUGCUGCAGAAUCAGCAAGCAUCUCCCGGACGCACAGAAGCUCGUAUCAGCGAGGACAUCAAGUUCCAAGUGUUUCAGGCCAUCAUGGACGAGAUGUUCCAAUCCUUCGAUACAAUCUCCAUGAAUGACUUCACAGAACUCACCACGGGAGUGAUUCCCUGGCUUGAGGAGAACUGCAAGCCACAUCUGCUGCGUGAUGUAGUGUCCAGGACCCUGAGGAACGUGGCGUCCAACUUACAGAAUUCUGCCAUGGAAAUGUAGACUUGUGUCACGUCGUGUGAGUAAGCACUAGUCGGAAGGACAAAUUUCGACCCAUUAAGUCAAGGUACGCGUUUUUAUUAUUUUUUUUUAUUGUUUUGUUGGGAUUUAUAAAAAUGUAGAAAACCGUAAAGGUGUAAAUUUUAGACAAUUUAGACUAGAUGGAGAUGUAAGGAAUGUGCGAAAAUUUGCAUUUUAAAGACAAAUAAACAAGAGAAAAAAUAUAA